AUGGCGGCCAAGCCGCGUCUUACCGAGGAGGCAGCCCGGCAGCUCCUGGUGAGCGCCGAGUCAAGCUUAGAUGGGUUGACGCCCGAAUGUCUCCGGGCUGCCACGGAUGCGCUGAACAUCUUCCGCGGCCUAGGCAGCGAGGGCCUGAACGGUGUCCACGACGCCCUGCGCGUGGUGGUGGCAUUUCACCGUUUAAAGGCUGCUGUGGAGCAGCGUAAACCCGAGGAGGCGCUUCUCCUCGCCUCGGACGAGUUGGAGCACUGCAGAGCAGAUGGUGAUCGGCGAGGCGAGGCUUCCAUGCUCCUGGCCUUGGCCGAGAUCAACAUGGACCGACGCGGUGCACGCAAGCGUGCAGAGGCCCUGGAGGCGGCUUCGGCCGCGCUGGUCACAUUUCAGGAGAUUCGAGACCAGCGUCUCCAGGCCCGCACCUACCUCAUCCUCACGAACCUCUACUCCAAGAUGCAGAUGCCAGAUGAAGCUGAGAAUGCCGCGCAAUCUGCGCUGUGCGUCUUCCAGGCCCUGGGCGACCAGAUGAAUCAGGCGAAGGCCUUCCACGGACUCGCUCUGACAAUGGCAAGCCGACAUCGCUACGCUGAUGCUGCCGUGCACGCAGAGGAGGCACGCGCUUUGUUUGCGCAGCUGGGCGACGUGAAAAUGGAGGCGGCAGAGCUCGUGUCCAUCGGGCAAUGGCAGCUGGCUGCCGGCAAGCCUGGAAGAGCGGUGGCUUCGGCGGAGCAGGCUCUUCAUCUUUUUCGAGAAAUUGGCUACGGCAAAGGCUGGCAGGCGAAGGCUCUCUCCGUCCUAUGCCAGGCCUUGGCACAGUGUGGAAGAUCCGCCGCAGCGGCGAAGGUUGCAAGGGAGCAGGGUGGCCUGUUUCGCGAUGAUGGAGACUUGGCAGGCCAGGUGGCUUCGCAGGAGAUCGCCGCCCAUGCGCACCUGGUUUCCAAGCACCCCGAACGUGCACUCAGAGAGCUGCAGGAUGCCCAGCAGCUCAUCGACGGGAAGGGCGAUCCAUCCCAGGCCAGACUUUGCCGCGGUGAGGCGGCCUCCUUCCUGGCAGGUGGCGAUGUUGCGGAGGCCGUGCGGACGUUGAAUCGAGCCGUGGCCAUAGCAAAGGAUGUGAAGGACCAUGUUGAAGAGUCCCGAGCCCACCGGGACCUCUUCGACAUUCAUCUGGAUUGCGGGCGCUUUUCGGCAGCAGGAGAAGCAGCCGCUCGUGAGCGGGCUGUGGCCGAAGCCGCCGAGGAUAGGAUUGGCGAAGCGGCCAGCUGCGUCCGCUUGGCCGUGGCUUUGGCAAAUGGCGGAGACUUGGUGAAGUCCUUGGCUUUAGUGGAGGAGGCCCUAGAGCUGUCGGAAGCUGCAAGAGACCGGCGAGGCAAGGCUAGAGCUUUGCAUGUGCUGUCCACUAUCCAGAGACUGGACGGGAACAUGGAUGCAGCCCUGGAGGCGAGCGAACAGCGACUUAAGCUUGCUAGGGACCUUGGCGAUUUGCAGUUGGAAGCAGCAGCAAUGCAGGAGUUGGCAGGGCUACACCGCGCAGAGGGCAACUUCAGCGAGGCAAGGCAUCUGGCAAUGGAGAGCCGGGAUCUAUGCAGGAAGAGUGGGGAUCGGCAUGGUUUGGUGAAUGCUCUUGUAUCUUUGACCGAACUGGCCCUGGCUGCAGAGACUGGCGACGUGAAGCAAUCACUGCUGAAUCCGUCCAAGGAGGCCGUUGCGGUUGCUGGGAAACUAGGUGAUGGGAUGCUCCGAGCCAGAGCUCUCUACUGGCGAGCGCAUGCUUUGGGAGCAGUUGGCCGACAUCCCGCCGCUCGUCGCAUAGCUCACGAUGCGGCAGAGCUGCUGACCAAACUGGGCGAUGCCGAGGGACGGCUGCGAUGCUUGUUCCUCGUUGCAGAGCUGUAUGCUGCGGAAGGCUUGAAAGCAGAUGCUCUCGGGGUGGUUCAGGAAGUGCGGCUGCUCGCAAAGUCCGUCAGAGACACAGAGGCCGAGUACGAGGUGGCACUGCUCGAGGAAGAAGUGUCCCGCAAGGAAUCUCAACCAGAGCCUCAAGCAACGCAUGCAACGCCCCAAGCAGCGACAGAGAAGCCGCCCCAGGCCGAAGCACGCGAACUGCCCGAAGUGCCGGUGCCCAAAGAAACGUCCUUAGACCCUCAGGAAGUCUUAAAGCAGCUCCUGCAGCUUGUCAAGGAGGUCACCUCGAGUACCGAUGAGAUUGAGCUGGACACGCAAUUCGUGGAUGCAGGGAUGGACAGCUUGUCAGGCGUGACCCUGGUAACAAUGAUGAGCCGCGAGUUCGGCAUGAGCUUCCCGCCCUCCACCGUUUUCGACUACCCCUCGGUGCGCGCACUCCGGGACCACCUGCUUCGCGAGCAACAGGAUGAAGGGUUGAUGCUGUUGCCAGAGCUCAAUCUUUCCGUGCUUCCCCGCGACAGAGCCAUGGCGUGCAAUGGCACUGUGCAGGAGCCUGCGGUCCAGCGGGUUAGGGGCAGCGACCUGUCGACAAAACUUUUCAUCGAGAAGUGUGCUGCUGCGGGCAGGCCCGUCCUCCUUCUCGACCUGGUUCCGGCCUGGCCAGCAUACUCGCAAUGGCGGCGCCCGGACGGCGAGCCCAACUUUGCAAAGCUCGCAGAAGACUUUCAAGGUGUGACGGGACCAGUUGUGGAUUGUGGCCACGGCUAUGGCAUUCAAUCCUGGGAUGUGGGCGACUUCUUUCGCUGGGCCGCCCGUCAAGGAGGCGACGCGCUGUACCUCAAAGACUGGCACCUGGUAAAUGCUUGCCGCUCGCUUGGGCUGCAGGUGCCAUACGAGGCCCCGGGCUACCUGGCCGCGCCGGUGCAUGAUUGGCUGAACCUCCAUAUGGACAAGGCCACCGGCAAGGAUGACUAUCGCUUUGCCUACGUCGGAGUGGCGGGAACUCGCACGCCGCUGCACCACGAUGUGCUGUUCUCGCACUCCUGGUCUGCAAACAUCUGUGGCCGAAAGCAUUGGAUCUUCUAUCCGCCGGAAGUCAGCCACAAGCUUCUGAACUCGCUGGGUACCGCAGCAGAAAGUGCUCAGCCGCAGCGUCGCACAUCAGACUGGCAGCAGCACUUCCCAGGGCUCCAGGAGGCUUGGGAGCAGAGGCUGGAGGCUUUCCAAGAAGAGGGAGAAUUGAUGUUUGUGCCCAGCGGGUGGUAUCACGAGGUGGAAAACCUCACCGUGACGAUCUCUAUCAACCACAACUGGCUGAACGCAACGAACGCGCAGCAAGUGUGGCAAUUCCUCCGGUCAGAGUGGACGUCGGUCCGAGAGAAGAUCGGAGAUCUGCAAGACACCUUUGACUCUGAGAAAGACUUUCUGGAACAGUGCCAGCUUUUGAUGAGAGCAAACUGCGGCUUGGACAUCUCUGGCUGGCUGGAAUUGCUGACCGGUGCUGCAGAAGAAGCAGCGCGGCUUCGCGCAGACAACCCCGUUGGAGAUGAGUUGUGGGUUCUGGAGUGGGUAGAGGAGAGGUUGCGAGCAGUGUCUGAAAGCAGCUUGGCCGAUGCAGCGGCGACUGCCACCCAGCAUUCAAGCAAGGCAGCAGCAACCCUGGCCGAUGCUCUGGAGCGGUUGGCGACCUGGAGGAAAGCAGCUCCGUGA